CGAUUGCUUCUGUGGGUUUGAUGAUCGAACGGUGGAUUCGCGCGAAAGACGCAACCCGAGUCCCUCGUUCUCCUUGUAUGAAACGCCUAAAAGGUGCAUCUUUCUUCGCCAAGAAGGAGGAGACGAUAGUGACCGAGCGGUCUGCCCGGCUCGUUCGCUCUUCCCCUCCGGCUUCAUUCUAGGGUUAGGGUUUCUUGAUGGCCCCGGCGAUGGAUCUCGGAGACCUCAACAGGGUCUGGGAGGUUAAAACCCUCAAGAAGCCUGGCGAGGAGGAAGCCCAUCGGAUGCUCGAGCGGGUGGCGAAGCAGGUCCAGCCGAUAAUGCGGCGGCGCAAAUGGAGGGUCAAGAAGCUCUCCGAGUUCUGUCCGGCGAAUCCGGCGCUUCUGGGGCUAAACGUAGGGGGAGGCGCCGAGGUGAAGCUCCGGCUUCGGAGGCCCAACAGGGACUGGGACUUCUUCCCCUUCGAGCAAGUCCUUGACACGAUGCUGCACGAACUGUGCCACAUCGAACACGGCCCUCACAAUGCCCAAUUCUACAAGCUCUGGGACGAAAUCCGCAAGGAAUGCGAGGAACUGAUGGCCAAGGGUAUAACUGGUACAGGGCAGGGAUUUGAUGCUCCUGGAAGACGUCUCGGUGGAUAUACUCUCGAGCGCCCAUUGCCAUCACUUCGGCAAACUGCAGUGGCUGCGGCACAAAAACGGGCACGUAUCGGAUCACUAUUGCCAUCUGGGCCACAACGAUUAGGGGGAAAUGAUGACAUUAUGACUGCACUUAGUCCCAUACAAGCUGCUGCCAUGGCUGCAGAGAGGAGAAUGUAUGAUGAUUUGUGGUGUGGAUCUGCACACAGCAACAUUGCUAGUGAAGUGGAUGGUAGCAGUGGCAUGUCAAAGCAACCUGCAUUUGCAAGAUCAGGGGAACCUUCAAAAUCUCCCAAAAGGGUACCACAAGGCAAAAACAGUGCCGUAGAGGACUCUACUUUUGGUGGCAGAGCUGGUAGAGCACCACUAUUGGGUGGUUCAUCUUCUCAAUGUGCAGCAGGUGAUGCAGAAGAUCAAGUGAUUUGGGAGUGCAUUGUUUGCACUCUUUUUAAUCAGCCUCUGGCACCGGUUUGUGAAGCUUGUGGCAUGCAAAAACCUAAAGAUGUUGGAUCAAAAUUCAAGACCUGGUCAUGUAAUUUUUGUACCUUGGAGAAUAGCAUUAAGUCAGAGAGGUGUUCAGCAUGUGAGAAAUGGAGGUAUUCAUAUGGUCCGCCACUAUCCACUCCCAGUCCCAACUAUGGCACUUGAAAGAUGGACUGCAGUUCACUAGCAUGAAUGGAUGAUGGCAUCUAGCUGAAAUAUUUCCAGGAUUUGGGCAGUUCCGUGAUGGUUCAUCUUCAUGUCAAGGAGAUGUUCAAUCCACUUUAUUUCGAAGAGUUGGUUGAAUGGUCCAGUUUACACUGAUUAUAGCUAGCCUAGGGAUGCAAAAUUCAUGGCUCUAAAUAUGGAGGGGAACAAUGGUUUGUAUAAUUAGGAUGUGUCUCUGUCCUUGAUAUCACAUUUAACCAUGUCUAUCUUCAUAAAAAAAGAAAAAAAAAAAAAAAAGAAGGAAACAAACUUGUCUAAAAGGUCUGGAGUUUGAUGCUGGCUUUUAAGUUAUAACGGGCAGAAGGGUGUGCUUUACAUAUGCUGGCUGUGGCCUGCUGCCAUUGGAUUCGAGAUACUACCCUGUAUCUUUUCUUUUCUAUAAAAUGAAGUCUUGUUUUUAGUAAAUGAGCUGAUACAAAAGUAUGCCCAAUGGUUUUACAGCACUGUCCUGCCCUAGUGAACCAUACCCUUGAUCUUUACAAUCAACUGAUUACUUCUGAGAUAUGGGUGCUAGAUAUUGUAAAAUUUCUUAAUGAUUUUGUAUUUACCAUUAAUUUAAGCAACUCAUGGUCCUCAUUAGCCAGUU